AUGCACCAAUCCCUCAACACAUGGCUUGCCGACCAUCUGCAUACUCCAAAGGCCCGUGGCAUUGAAGAAGACCCGAGCAGGACCCAUCAACUUCGGCGGGCUAUACCAAUAGAGGCGGCACUGGAGGAGACUUUCACGUGGGAUCACACUCCAGCGUUUCCUUCUGUUGUUCUCCUUGUUCCUUUCGUGGUGAACCCAUAA